UUUUUUAAGGACAAGGACUACACGCCUGAGCUACUUGUUUUUAGAAAUCUUGAAAGGUAAGAAAAAGAAGGUAUAUUUAAACUUAACGAUUCUUGUUUGUUUGAUUAUUUGUUUGUUUUUCUUUUUUUUUUUAAUUUCACAACCUCUCUAUACCAUAAAAGUUAAACCAUGUAUGGUUUGAUUUUCGAGUAAAUUGGAAAAAAAAGAAUAAGUAGCAAGAAGCUGAUUAUCAAUUCUUAAUCUUUUUGUGCUAUAACAGAGUAUUUCUCUGGAUUUCAUUUGCAAACUUGGCGAUUCAUGAUAUCAGAAGUGAUGGUGUUUUGACUUCCCUUAUAUGGCUCCAGGGCCGUAGCUGGACGAAACAUACUAUAGUCGUCUUGGGAAUAUAUUUUGUGAGGCACGCACAAGAGACUUGAUACGUGCUAUUAGGGAAAUUCAACUGCUUUGGCCGGCCAGUACCAACUUAUAUACAAUUGUUGCUACUAUCUGAGUGCCUUUACACUUUCACGGAUAACACUAUUCAUCGAAUGGAUAACUGCUUACCACUCUUGCGUCUAACUCAAGAUUGAGAUAGUUAAAAAAAAGAAAAAAAAAGAUGUCGGCGGAAUUGUGACUGGAGGUUAACAAAGUAUUUCCUCAUGCAUUGAAUAUAGUGUGAAUUAAUAAGUACUCCAACACAAUUUCGGUCAGGUUAUAUAAUUUAAAAACAAUGUAAUUAAAAAACAGCUUUCGAAUUCGCUUGAUCAGAUGAUUCGAAAUUGCCAACACUUACAUACAAACACUUUUUUCUUUAGUGAUACAUAACAAAAUUCUUAGGCUACGCAGUAGGCGCUUGUUCUUGUUGUUGUUGUUGUUGUUUUUUUCUAGGGCGAUGAUUAAGAGAGAAAUUUUUUGAAUGAUUGAGGAGAAAUUUGAGCUCAUUUGUUCACCUCGCGUGCUCUAUAGCAACCAGCCAAUAAAAUACUCCGAUUGAAGGGCGAUUUAGUUUUUAAAAAUCAAUUGCAUUUCAAUUUUGAAGAGCUACAAUGAAGAGAUCAUUCCUCGUAAUCGCUGGCCUUUUGGCUUUCAUGUUCAUGGCCACCUUAACGGAGUCAAAAUCAGGAGGAAAAACGUCCACGGAGAAUGACGAAUCCCUCACGAAGAUGAAUCAAAAGCACGAGGAAGAACUCGAAGAGGAACCGGAAGCUGAUCAUUAUUUCUCCAGUGCAUCUGGUGAAGGUCAGUGAAUCUACCAAACCCUUUAUCGAUUUUCUAAUUAAGUAACAAUAUCCUGUGUGGUACUGAGGCGUUUGAAAGGAAAAGAAAAUAGGGGCAAUUGAGAUGAGCGAGCAUGUAAAGCUGAAGUAGAUACAGAUCUUCAAGCAAGUGGGGGCCCCGUUCAGCCAUGAUGCUAAGAUAAAGAAGGGGCCCCGGCCUCAAAAAUUAUUAGGACCUUAAGAAACUACAACGGCGACGUCAACAGGAACUUCAAAAAGGCAACAUGUUUAAAAAGCAAAACAACGCUUUUUUGUAGAUUCUCCGUCGUCCUUGUACAACUGCGGCGUGAAAUGACCAAAUUUUAACUUCAAGAUUAAGUUCUCUUGAGAACGGGAACGGCAAGGUGAUACGUUUUACAGUCUAACCUCUCCUUACGGACACCUCUCUAUUACGGACAGUUUGUUUGGUCCCAGAAAUACCAAAAACCAUACAUUCCCUACCUCUAUAAUACGGACACCUCUGUAAAGCAGACACUUGGUUCGGUCCCUUUGGUGUCCGUAUUAAAGACGUUUAGCCUGCGUAGCUGGCGGUAUUGUGUGGGUGGGAGAUUGAAGUUUUGACGGCGGAGCCGUGUUCCAAAAAAAGGGAGUAGGGACGAGGCUUCGCCGCUCGUGACGGCUCCGCUGUCAAAUCUCACUCGACUACUACACAACACCGCCAGCUACGCAGGCUAAAGACGUUUGACUGUAUUUCUCAACCCUGCGGGCUUCACUGUGACCUAAACUAAGGUGGGGCCCGGGUCCUUCGCUCCCGCCAGAUCGGCCAAUGUUAAGGGAAUUCGAGGGAGGAGGGCGGAAAUCGAUGUGAUUAUUUCAAUAAAAAAUUUCUUUCGCCGGGUAGUGUCUGUUUGUAAGUACAACACGAAAAUUAGAAUCUUUCCUAUCUUUCCUACUUUUGAUCUGUCCUUUGGAAGGAGUUUAAUCAAGUGACGUGAGAAACUAGUAUAGAGCGACAAACUGUUAUGUACCUCAAUUGCAAGGAGAAUAUCCCGGCAACUUGCUAAGCGCUCAAAUUUAAAAAAAAAAAACCUAACUAAUGUCAAGUAAAAAGACACAACUUGUACCAGGCAACACCUUCUUUUGAACAGACAAUGAUACCACUGGGCUGGAGUACAAGAACUAUUAUUAUCAAUGAGGUAUAUAAUAAAUUCACAGCACAUCCAUCCAAUCCACAGACCGUACCUUUAACUCUACUUGCAAAACUUUGAUCCAUCAAUUAUUUUAAGGAAAACUAAAACAACUACACUGUGUUUUCAACAGUGUAGUUGCUUUGUAAACCCGACUGAAGGAGAUGGAGCACCCUCCGUUUGAGCAAAAGCGUUUUAACCUUCGAUCGUUGUCGCCCGCACUCCGUAACCUUUGCUUGUUACUAGUUAUUACGCAUGCGCCGCAAGUAUGUAGCCAGCUUUCGUCUGGACUUUUACUAAGAAUGGAUGGAUUGCACAGAACGCAAUUUGAUCACGCGCGCGUUUGGACCUUCUAUCACGCGUAAUCUGAUCACGCGUGUUUUGACUAUCUGUCACGUGAAACUUACGCAAAGCAAAGCGUUGGAGCAAAAGUGUUUUAACUUCCGAUCGUUUUCACCCACACUUGUAACCUUUGGUUAUUACUAGUACUAUUCUUUACCUGGAGGAAAACAUAUACAGUCGAACCUCCAUGUGCGACCACCUCUCGUAAGUCAAUACCUCUUACAAGCGACCACCUAUCCAAAAUGUUCACCAAAAUUUUCACAUUCAAAGCGCGAUAAUGGGAACCUCUAGUAACAACCACCUCUAAAGCCUGGUUUUCACUAGCGCAUAAGCAUAAGCUUAAGGACAUACCCACGCGCAGAAUGGCAUUUUUGACUCAGUUUUCGAUCCCAGCUCUCCUCAACCCGAUGAUAGACCAGAUGGCGGACGAAGCGUCCGCCAUAUUGCUUUUGAUAUGUUCGCAUGAUGUCUGGUUCAAAGUGACCUAUGAGUGGUCCACGGCCUUGUUCUUAUGCUUGUGCUUAUGUCGACCCCGUUUUCACAAAUCAAAGCUACAACUUAAGCAUAAGAAUAAGCACAAGAAGAACGAACUUGUCCGUUUUUCUUGUGCUUAUGCCUAUGUCGACCCAAUUUUCACCUGCUUGCACAUGUGCUUGUGCUUACGGCUUAUGCUUAUGCUUAUGCCCUAGUAAAAACCAGGAUUUAUAAGCGAUCGCGACCAAUUUUGGGCCUGGAGUUUACGAAAAACGUGCAUCCACGUGCAUUUGCAUGCAUAAUUUAUGAAAGACAAAAGGCAAAUUAAUUCACUUGAGAACAUCACCUGGUCUGAAUUGGGAAAACAAAACAUACAAGCUGGAAAGGUCUUUAUUUGGCCAAUUGUCUUAGGCCUAGGCCAAACGUCGAACUUUUCAUGAGACGAACCAAACUUGGUGAGUUACGUAGAUGAAAAGUUCGACUUCUGGCUCAGUGAAGUUCGUCUGAAUAAGUUUGGAUCGUCUAACACGUUCUAUCCGUCUGCUUCAGACGGAUAUAGAACGUCUGAAGAUCGUCUCCGAGACAAACGUCGAUCUUCUCGCGACGAAUCGGACGACGAACUAAACUAACAAAUUAAAAAUUUGUACGAUAAUGUAUAUUUAGCAUCGGGAGAAAAUUUAUUAAAAUUGCGUUUUGGUCUGAUUCAGUUGAUUAAUUCGACGAGUCCUGAGUUCGACAUCUGACCCAAAAGACGGUCGUAACUUAAUUUAGAUAGACCUAAAUUAGAGUUUGAUUUGUCUCAUGAAAAGUUCGACGUUUGUUUGGCCUAGGCCUAGACUCUAACGGUCCAACACUUAUCCUUCCAUAUUUUACCUCAACUGGCAACGAAUGGAUCAACACACAAAUAUCAACAUUUGAUCAUCGAAUAUGGUCAAAGUGAACAUUUUGAUUCAUAGAUUAUUGUUUUGUUUUGAUUGUUACCCCAACGUGGGAACUUUAAGAGUAAAGCCUUACUCAGCGCUUUGCUUCACAUUUAUUGCAUUCUGUUUUCCCGUAGCCUUAUUCUCCACACAAAUUCAAAAGCUUUUAUAACCGGUUAUUAACCAGUCACAUCUUUCAAUCCAACACAAGUUCUUACUCUAGUCUUGAAACUAUCGUGAAAUUUUUGGAAAAGAUCUACCAUGUCCUUAUGAUUUAACAAUUUUUAUUUUUCAGGUUCUGGACACAAGUCUGACCCGAAUAUGGCGCCAUACCCAAGCCCAUACCCUUACCCUCACCCUUAUCCCUACCCCUAUCCCUACCCUUCUCCUUACCCCACCCCCUACCCUUCCCCCCACCCUUAUCCCUACCCUUCUCCUUACCCAUCACCAUACCCUGCACGGCUUAAUGGGCAUCGCCAAGAGAAGAAUGGGAAGAAAAUCAGCGAUCAAAAGAAGGAAAAGAAACAAGAGAAGCAACACUAA